GACUUACAUAAAGUUCACCUGACUUUCGCCUGGUCGAAAGCACCCCAACGAUAGAUGGUCUAGUGUCCCCCUGGUGUCGCAAACAAAUUCAAAUUGUUCAAGUCCCUGGCUACUUUAACUGAUAGAGCAGCCGAGCGUUGUUGGCACGAUCCGAACCUAACCGAACCGCAGGUCUAGAAUCUAAGAACCAAACCGAAACCCAAAGAGACCGCCGCGAUAAGGGGAAACAAAAAAAACAGUCAACGGGGCGGCAGUUGGGCACGAACCAAUGCCAGUUAUCGAGCAGACAGCGAUCCCGCCGAGCGGAGUCUCGUUGGCUUUUAGUUAAACGGGUCGCGAGUGCGCAAAAAGUCUAACUCUCUGUACUUUAUAGGGCCUCAGAAACAAAGAAACCGUGUGCUAAUUGAAAUAACCUAACUGAAAUAUAGCUCAUACGACGCGUGUACAAAUCGCCGGCCCCAUUGCAAUGAUGCAAACCCUGAAACCACCGCCACCGCUACAUCAUCACCACCAGCACCAACUUCAGCAUCAGCAGCAGCCACAUCAACAUCCGCAGUUGCAACAUCCUCAGUUGCAGCAGCAGCAGCAGCAGCAACAGCACCUGACAGUCAUGGAUAAUCACCAGCAACAUCAGCCGCAUAUCCAUCAGCAGCAGCAGCAACAAUUGCCACCCACGCCGCAGGCAUCUCACCUGGUCGGUGGGCAGCAGCAGCAACAGCAGCAUCCGCACCACAAUCACCUGGCUGUCGACCAGGAUGACCCAAAUCCCGAACUGGUGCUCGCCUUAAUUUCCAGGAAUCGUGCGCUCGAGGCUACAAUCCCGAAGUGCGGUGGCUGCCACGAGCUGAUCCUGGACCGCUUCAUCCUUAAAGUGCUGGAAAGGACGUGGCACGCCAAGUGCCUGCAAUGCAGCGAGUGCCACAGUCAGCUGAACGACAAGUGCUUCGCGAGGAAUGGCCAGCUAUUCUGCAAGGAGGACUUCUUCAAGUCGAACAGACGUUACGGUACAAAGUGUUCCGCUUGUGAUAUGGGCAUACCGCCCACGCAGGUGGUGCGACGGGCCCAGGAUAACGUCUACCAUCUGCAGUGCUUCCUGUGCGCCAUGUGCUCCCGCACCCUGAACACGGGCGACGAGUUCUACCUGAUGGAGGAUCGCAAGCUGAUCUGCAAGCGUGACUACGAGGAAGCCAAGGCCAAGGGCCUCUACUUGGAUGGCUCCUUGGAUGGCGAUCAGCCGAACAAGAGACCGCGCACCACGAUCACCGCCAAGCAGCUGGAGACCCUGAAAACCGCCUACAACAACAGCCCCAAGCCCGCCCGCCAUGUACGUGAGCAACUUUCGCAGGACACGGGCCUGGACAUGCGGGUGGUGCAGGUCUGGUUCCAGAACAGGCGGGCCAAGGAGAAACGACUGAAAAAGGACGCGGGUCGCACGCGCUGGAGCCAAUACUUCCGCUCGAUGAAGGGCAACUGCUCGCCGCGCACCGACAAAUUCCUCGACAAGGAUGAGCUGAAGGUCGACUACGACAGCUUCAGUCACCAUGAUCUGAGCAACGACAGCUACAGCACCGUCAAUUUGGGCCUGGAUGAGGGCGCCUCGCCGCACAGCAUCCGGGGGUCCUACAUGCACGGCAGUUCGAGUCCGUCGCAAUAUCCGCCGAGCAGUCGCUCGCCGCCGCCAGUUGGCCAGGGUCACACGUUUGGCUCCUAUCCGGAUAAUAUUGUGUACACCAAUAUAGAUCAAGCGGUGGGUUCCAGUUUGCAUGCCAACAAAUCGCAUCAUCGCCUGCACAGUAGCAACAAUGUCUCCGAUUUGAGCAACGAUUCUAGUCCCGAUCAGGGAUAUCCCGACUUUCCGCCCAGUCCCGACUCCUGGCUGGGCGAUUCGGGUAGCACCAAUAAUACCAGCGCCAACAACAACAACAAUAAUGCGAACAACAGCAGCAGCAACAACAACAACAACAGCAGCAGCGGCGGUGGGAGUGGCAGUGUGAGCGUCAGUACCGCCCCCAAUCCGUCAGCGCCCGGCGUACAUUACUGAUACUCAAAUCUGCUUUUGCGUUAUUUUGAGAUGCAAUCGAGAAGCCUGCUGUUGGCCGCUGCCCAGCAGCAACAUCAGCAACAUUCGUCGCAACUAUAGCAGCGACGCCAUAUUGAAAGCUCACAACAGUAGCAGCAGCAG